GCGCCGGGUUAAUUCUGGGGGGUUUAAAUGAAGCCAGUGGUGAAAAAGUUCCUGGAACUUCCACGAUUUCACUAAAGCUGCAGAACUUCAGGACCAUGGACUUUUAUCUGAGGAGAAAGUGGAGUUUGUGAGCGCUGAGACGCGCAUGCGCUGUAUGCAGCAGAACCCAGAAGCGGAAGGUUGAUCAGAAUGAUGGAGGCGGCGGAGGAACCGCGGCGCAGGAGAGCUUCUAUACGCUUACACUUCAGAAGAUCCACUCACAAAGCUCUCAAUGCUCUCGGGUGGAAGAGCAAAACCACCCAGAUCUCAGAGGCGGAGGCCAAGGAGGCGUGUGAUUGGCUGAGAGCGGCGGGCUUCCCUCAAUACGUGCAGCUCUAUGAAGCCUCGCUCUUUCCCAUCGAUAUCUCCUCGGUCAGGAGGGACCACGAGUUUUUGGAUCAUGACUCGGUGCGAGCGCUUUGCAGGAGAUUGAUGACCCUGAACAAAUGUGCCGCUAUGAGUCUGGAGGUUCAUUUCCGCUGCAAACAGAGCGAGGAUUCGGAGGAGGACGACGCCUGUGCCCUGAGCUCUCGCUGGGCUUUCCAGCGCUCCAGUAGAACCUGGUCCCGCCUCCAGUCCAGCGCUUCCCCGGACGACGGCGUCGCCAACCUGCGUCCCUCGGCGAGCAGCGACAGCGUCCUGAGUGACGUCACCUCGCUGACCUCUGACCUCAGCCUCAGCAGCCUGAGCCUGGACGUGACCCGGGAGACCAUCUCUCCGGACGCUGGCACCUCCCGCGAGGUCACGGAGGGUGACGAGGACUCGUCGUCGUCUCACUCGGUUCGGGAAAAGACCAAACGCGCUUCCAGAGUCUUUCUACGCAGGAAGGAGUCUCUGCGCCAGAAGACUCGCGAGAAGGAGGCGGUCGCUAGGGGCGUUUCUACGGAAGGGCGUGUCCGGAAGGCGGGUUUGCGCGCAGACUUAAGGACGACAAAAGGACGCACCGCGUCGACGGCAGAUACCGCUUGGAGGUCGCAAACGAUAUGUCGUACGGACCCCAGCAAAUCAGCGGCUCUGUUCAAGCCUCAGAGGGCGUGUCUCUAUCUCGAGGACUAUCAGCUGGCCUGGGAGAGACGGACCAAUCAGAGAAGCUCUACCGGAAAGGAAGAUCGGGUCGUACACCUCCCCUCGGAUCACAAACCCGGAACUUUCCCAAAGUCGCUUUCCAUUGAGAGUCUUUGCCCCGCCCCUUCAUCUCAACCCAGCGAGCAGAUUGGCUGGUCGGGAGAGGACGGCGAAUUCUCAUUGGACGGCGCCAGCAGCUGCCUCAGCGAAUCGCAGGAUUUCGUUCUGCCCAAGAGGCGCAACUCGACCGAUUCGUUAAGCUCGGUUUACGACAACGUCCCCGACGCCUUCGCGAGCCCGCCGGAUUCCCGGACUCCGGACGCCUCCGUGAAGACCUCGAAGGACGCGUUCGAACAUCUGGACGCCAUCCUGCAGCACAUCCACGGCCUGCGCGACGACAUCGACCAGUGGUCGUACUCCCUCGACCGGCAGCUCCGGGAGAACGAAUCCGCCACCGAGUCGAGCGCCGCCGCCGCCGCCGCCGCCCUCCAGGACGAGGAGCGCUCGGAUUACGAGAGCGCCGGGAAUUCUCUCAACGACGGAGACGGCGAGGGUGAGAUGAGGGAGAGGAGGGAUUCGGGAAUGGGAGCGUCUCUGACCCGACCCAGCAGGAAGUUGCGCUGGCACAGUUUUCAGAACUCCCAUCGCCCCAGCGUGUCCUCGGCGUCGCAGGAAAUCAACCGACAGUCGGCGGCGCAGCUGAACCUGCUGCAGAAAUACAGCUUACUGAGACUCACCGCCAUACUGGAGAAGCACUCUGAUACUGGGAAGCACGGCUGGAACUGGGCGGUGCCGAAGUUCAUGAAGCGUUCCAAAGUUCCAGAUUACAGGGAUAAGCGAGUGUUCGGGGUUCCACCCAUCGUUAACGUCCAGCGGAGCGGUCAGCCGCUGCCCCAGAGCAUCCAGCAGGCCAUGAGGUACCUGCGGAGUCAGUGUCUCGAGAAGGUGGGAAUAUUCCGGAAGUCGGGGGUCAAAUCCCGCAUCCAGGCUCUCCGGCAGCUGAACGAGAAUUCUCCCGACCAUGUGACCUACCAGGGCCAAUCGGCGUACGACGUGGCGGAUCUGAUAAAGCAGUAUUUUCGGGAUCUACCCGAGCCCCUCCUGACCUCCAAACUCACGCCCACCUUCCUGCACAUCUACCAGCACGUUCCUCAGCAGGAGAGGCUCCCGGCGGUCCGCUGCACCGUGUUCCUGUUACCCGACGAGAACCGCGAGGUUCUUCAGACGCUGCUCUUCUUCCUCAGCGACAUCAGCAGCGCCGAGGAGAACCAGAUGACCGCCGACACCCUCGCCGUGUGCCUGGCGCCGUCCGUCCUGCACCUCAACGCCUCCCGACGAGACGCCGCCUCGCACGGCUUGAUCGGCCGGAAGGGCGGGGCCAAACCCGACCACAAGGACCUGAGUGAGAACAUGGCAGCCACGGAGUGCCUGAGUCACAUGAUCUCAGAGUGCAAGAAACUCUUCCAGAUUCCUCAGGAGAUGAUGCUGCAGGCGUGCAGCUCGUACGUGCUCGCGGACACUCGGCCGCUGGCGCUGCACGCGCUGGGCGUGAACGGGCGUGGCGAGCGGGUGGACUACCGGGUGUACCUGGAGGACAACGUGCAGUGUUUACUGAAGGACACGGCCGAGAAGAACAGAGGCUGGCACGCCACGCCCGCGCCCCAACACACCGAGCUGGCUUAUAAAAAGGUCGGGGACGGGCACCCGACUCGUCUGUGGCGCGUCUCCGUGGAGAUGGAGGCUCCGCCCUCUGUGGUUCUGCACCGGGUGCUGCGAGAGCGCCCCCUGUGGGACGAGGACCUGCUGCACAGUCGCGUCAUCGAGAGCCUGGAAAAUAACACCGAGGUUUUUCAUUACAUCACCGACAGCAUGGCGCCACACCCACGCCGGGACUUCGUGGUGCUCAGACGCUGGUCCACAGAUCUCCCCCGGGGUUCGUGUGUUCUCGUCUCCUCCUCCGUGGAUCACGGGAACGUGCAGUUGGAGGCGGGGCUCAGGGCGGUGCUUUUAACAUCCCGCAUUCUGAUUGAACCGUGUGGAAAGGGGCGGAGUCGACUAACACACUACUGCAGAGCUGAUUUGAGGGGGCGCUCUCCUGACUGGUAUAAUAAAGUGUUCGGGCACCUGUGUGCGGUGGAGGUUGCUAGGAUACGGGGCUCAUUCCCGGUUUUGGCGGCGAGAGGACCCGAAACCAAACUGUGAGGCUGAGGGGGGCGAACCUCACCCAAUCUCUGCUUCCUGUUUUAGACCAGUCACACCAGUCAGGGACCAACAUGAGGUGCUGGACCAGUGAGGGGCGUCACAAAGGGGGGCGGAUGAGACCAAAUCAAACCGAAUCUAACCAAAAAAAAACCUAAACACGACCGAACAGUGUAGACUAGACGAAAUCAAAGCGAAACGAGGGGCUGAUUAAACAAACCUGAUUAUAUCAGAGAGACCAACUGUACACUGACUAUAUGGUCGAAAGUAUUGGGACGCUCUUUAUAAUAUUUAAAUUCACGUGUUUCAGCCACAGCAGUCACUAACAGGUGUAAUAAAUCAUUUAUAUAAAGGAAAUUACAUGCUUUUGAGUUUGCAAAAGCAGUUUGGGGAAGGUCCUGUCCUGUUCUAGCAUGAGCGAGCUCUAUAAAGACGUGAAGAAAAGCUCCAGCGUCCUGCACAGAGCCCUGAGCUCAGCCCCUCUCACCAGCUCUGGGAUGAACCGGAACAUCGACUGAUCCAUUGGUGCCCAGAUCAGCGCAUAAAUUCCUACAGACAUACUUUACAGUCUUGUAAGAGGCCUUUCAGAAGAGCGGCUGCUGUUCUAGCUGAAAAGGUCAAACAAAGGUCCCUCUGGGACGUCCGACAAGCUCACAGUCAAGCGUCCAAAUACUUUUGGCUCUACAGUGUAUAUAAGAAAAAACUGGCUAAUUGUCAUUUAUAGAAGUGAUAUAAGCUUACAGAAACACUGCGGAGUGAUUCGUGGACUUGUGGGUAAGGCAUGUGUUGCCUAUAUUGAUAAUUUAUCCGAUCAGAGCGCAGUGUUCUAGUCCAUCAGCCAAUCAGAAGGCUGUGUUGGAAACUGAAGCUGUGAAAAUGUAAAUAAGUGUAAAUGUGAAGGCUAACCGUGUGUGUGUGUGUGUGUGUGUGUGAGAGAGAGUGUGUGAGAGAGAGAGAGAGAGAGAGAGAACAGUGCAAUGUUGAUGAGAAGACUUUAGAAAGUAAAUCUCUUACCGAAAGUUUCUGGACACCCUGAACUUCACAGCAGCAGCUCGUCCCUGAUGAAGAAUUUUGGAGCUCAGUUUCCUCCACAGUGACGUUAAAGGUUCAUACGAGGUUAUAGAGAGAGUUCAGAUGCUAUUACUGCUGAUUGAGGGGUGAUAUAGGUGUUGGAUAACUUUAUAACGUCUUGUGUCCUAAAUGAAUGGACAGUUUUAUUAAAGAAAAAUGUGGUCACUGAAUUCUGUGUGUAAAAUGUCUCUCUGUUUAAGAAUCUGAAAUCAAUCAAUAAGGGUGCAAAUACUUUUUUACAGUGGAACGGCAGAGUGUGUGUGUGUGUGUGUUUGUGUGUACAGAACUGUAUAUUAUUGUAUAUUAAGUUAUAAAUGUGCAUAAUCAGUCUCA